AUGUGUGGCGCAUCAUUUGCCGGUGGCACGUUCUUCGAUGACGGUGGUCAGCCGUUAUGUGAGACCCACUACCAUGAACGUCGCGGCUCAUUGUGUCACGAAUGUCGUCAACCGAUAUCGGGUCGAUGUGUGACGGCAAUCGGACGCAAAUUUCAUCCAGAACAUUUUCGAUGCUCAUACUGUAACAGACAACUCACAAAAGGCACAUUCAAGGAAGUGGAUCGACGUCCUUUCUGUCAUAAAUGCUAUGAUAAUACUUAUGCUUUGACAUAA